GCCGUAGCGUUGCAGGGGAACACUCGCCCCAGUACUCAUGAUGCACCGCUUCCUGUUUACGGUCAAGAAACCGUAAGACCAGUUCCAUUGCCUCACUAUCGUGCUGGUAAGGUUUCCUUUUCUUGUCCACCCCUGUUAAAACUACAAAAGACAAUACGACAAUGUACAAGGACUUUCAGGGCUUGAACUUCUUAUUUUUCCUGUCCGAAAAAAGGCAAAUCCCAGUUCCUUUUUUUGCCUUCCAGGGCCGAGUUGUUCAAAGCUGGGUUAAGAUAACCCAGGGUUAGUGCGAGAUUUAAAUUCAGAUAUGAAAGCCUUAAAAUCAUUUCAGUUUUAAUUCUUUUUGUCGACUAGUUGCUUAUUGAAAACUUUAAAAAUAACAGAGAAAAUUAUCCGAGAAAAUGCUUUUAAACACAAGAAAAAGAAACCCGGGUUAAAUUUAACCUAGGGUUAAGCGCUAAUCGGCCUUCGAACAACUGGGCCCUGGGCAUUAUUACUGUAGAAUUUUUGCGUUUUUGUGGACCCAGACGAGAGAAGAAGGAUUUAUUUCAUGGUCAAAAGAGAAUUUUUUCUUGCGGGACAACGGCGGGAAAUCACGAGCGGGCAAGAUGUGGCAAUCUUUCCCGCUCGCGAAUUCAGUCAUAUUAUAGAAAGCCUUAAAAUAAAAACUGAGCCAGACAUCGAACUCAUCAUAAACUUAACUCACUAAGUGAAAAGUUCGACGUUUGGCCCAGGCCUUAGAAAGUCAUGAACGUACAAUUAAACCCUUUGCUUUUUCAUAGUGUCAUUAGUAGUAGUUAUCUUGGUAUCAUACUUUAUCUUUGUAGCUAUUUAGUUAUUACCAAGUUGUGAGCGUAACACGAAUCCUUCCCGUUUUCGUUUUGUACAUCUAGUCGGCGAGCGAUCUCUGCGGAUGGAAGAGUCAACAAGAAAGCGUAAAGCACAAGAGACGACUGAAGGUACGCUAAAAGUUAUUAGACUCAUGUAAACCAUUCCUUUAUACUGUAAAAUUCCAAAAUUAAUGUCUCCCAUUUAUAUUUGUUUUUAUACUGAAACGCCGAAAUGAUCACAGAUUUAAAUUGGUUGAUUGUGAAAUUCAUGUAAUAAAGCUUGAGGUUAACUUAACAAACUUUACGGUUUGUGGGGCGGAAUUUUCAGUACUCUACCGUCUUUAGUGUUUGUAAUUGAAUUGUCUGCCCAUGCCUGUCUAUCUUUUUACAUUGAAAACGUUCUCUGUCUUGUGUUAGUCUUCCAACUUCUGUUAUUGGUUUGUUGAAAGCGUUACAUACGUCCCUUUCCUAUGGCCUUCUUAUUCUUUCUCCUUCUUAUUUUCCCAUCCAUCUUUCCUUCCAGGAUGCUCUUCCCCACCCCUCCCCCUUAUCAAAUGUGCAGGAUACUUGUCUACGGGCACAUUGCCUGGUCUUUCAAGAGACUGGUUGCAAACUAUUAAAAAGACAAAUACGAUCGAUGUUUUUUUUUUUCGUCGCUUCAAAGUUAAAUUAAAGGAAAAUUGCACGUCGGCUCGGUUAGUUUCACGGGACCCGCGAAAUAUUCACGGAAUGUGUAACAGGCCUGAACUGGCUGCACUGAAUCCGGCAGCUCCACCUCUCGUUCUUUUACUUUUCAUAACUAGGUGACGAAGGACCUCCGCCAAAGAAAAGAAAAAUAGCAUAGCGUAAAGCAGAAAGGAUGACUGAAGGUUAGUUAGCGUCAUAACUUGCAUUGAAAUCCAAGAGACUAUUACGAGUGAAGCACAAAACUAUAAUUCUUCGUUUAAAUGAAUUUCUUUGCCUUAACAGUAACCAGACAUCAAACAACUCCUAUAAACUCAUAAACAUGUUUCCGUAUCAUAAUUAAGGUUAAAACACCUUACAUAUUACAGAAGCCGUACCCUUUUAUUAUCCCCAGUAAAUAGUUGUAUAGUGAAAGAGUAAAACAAAAAUUAAGAAUUAAUUUUGCCUGCUUUUGGUGCAGUUUACAAUUAUUAAUUUUGUGAGGAGCUAUGAAUGACCUCACUGUUAAUUCCAAGGUGAGACAGAUCGACAAACCACAAUCGGGAUCCGGGAUUUCCCUUAUUUGAAGCUAGGGGGAAUUCAGGAUUUUAAAGCAAAAUCGGGCAAGAUUCGGGAUUGAAAGUAUGCACGCGAGUUAGAAUACCCGAAAUAACCUUCGUGAUUACGGGAUUGAAAAACCGUAUUGGAUAGCCUCCUACAACACCUGGGACUAAGUCCCCUACUUUUUACGAACAGUGUGUGGGUAUUUAAACGUCCCACAGAAUUUAUGGGAUGUGCAAGGGCUGUGAGGCUUAGGCUACGAAUUAUCGUCGUUAUCCGAGAUGACUCUAAAAGUCUAACCGUUUGGAGAUUUCAUUGCAAAAGCAGCACUUUCCCCUCAGUUAUUUUAAGACCAGAGUGUUGGACGGACCAGGGUUUGAAUCCUUGGCCUCUUGCUCAGCAGACCGGCGCUUAUCCAACGGCGGUGUGGUCUAGAAUUAGUGCCUUUCACUGUAACAUCAUGUUUAGUUUUAGUAUUCUUUGUAACGGAUGAUACGCUGCGACUGUAGGAGAAGCCAAUUGUCACGCGGCUAAAACUAUUUGUGGCGGCGAAACUCCGUGUGAGCGGGUAUAUUUUACUGGUCGAUCAUGAAUCAACUAUGAUCACGAAACUAGGAGCUAGUCCUUGAUGGUGAUUUUAUUGACGAUAAUCGAACCGUAAACUGAAAUAUAAUGCAACGUAACAAAUAAUUACUAAAAAGCUAAAGUACAAUUACAAUUAUAGUUUGGCCAAGAGAUAACAUAACAUUUUACUGACAUUCCAAUCAUAUUUUCAUUUUCGUAGCUGUUCCGGUAUAAAAACCUUGCCAAAAACGUAAUAAGACAAAAGAAAUAUACUUAUUGAAAAACAGGAAUAAUAAAUUUACCAACUAGAAUAUUAGACUAAAUAUACUUCAUGAAAGGAAUAAAAUCAACUAAAUUUGGGUACGCAGGAGUAAAGAAACCUUCCCAAAAACAAUAAUGGUCGCUUCCUGCGAAUAAUACGAUACUAAGAAACUAACAAAAUAAAUCUGAGAACGGACUACUUUUGCAAAGGCACGAAAACUAAAUAAACUAAAAGAAAUGAGAUUCCCACGCCGAACUAAAAAGUAAAAACCUACUUGAAACUCAAAAAGGCGUAGUCACGUAAUGGUACGAGAUACUGAGUAUUACAACAACUUCUUGCAGGAAUAUACUUUAUGAGUCGCCAGAUACACAAAACUACAGAGGAUAAAAUGUACUUACAUAUCGGUUCCCGCUUGCCUCUAAGUACCAAGAAAUGAACUAUCCAAAUAGACUUCAACGAUGUACACAUGAAGACGACGAAAUCCAACUAACGCUAAAGUUAACAGACCAUGCGUUUUCUACGUAAAAAUAGGCGUUGUCUAAGGAAAUGAAACUAGCGAAUCAGAAAAGCUUAAGACGAGAGAUAUCAUAUCACUAAAUCAAUAAAGCUUGUUGUGAUGUCAUUUACAUUCUUAUUUUUACCCUUUUCUCUCUACAGCCGGUUUGGUUUAAACCCUUUACGCCCUAAGAGUGAUCAGCAUCAAAUUUCUUCUUGUAAUAUCAAUGCGUUGUAAAAUAGAGUGGUCAUGAGAAUUACGGACAUGAUCACACAAGAUUAUGCUUGAUAUUUUAUCAAAUUCUCCCCACUUCUUCUGUAGGAAAUGAAUAGGGGAAACAAAUGAGAAUUCAAAUUUGGAUCUUUGGGUUUAAAGGGUUAACAGCAGAUGCUGCUCCUACCCUUAAGUGGAUACGCCCUCUUCAUGCUUAUUAACAGCAUUCACGGCUCCUCCCCUGAUCUCCACACCCAUCAUCACAGAGCCCCGUCGACCAUCUCUAAUCCUGGGGGAUCCUAGGGAGUGAUCCUUAGCUCGUGUAAGACACAGUGAAGGCAGUGAAAAGGACAUUAUUUUAACCAUUGAUUAAUCAGGAACAAGUUGAGCGAGAUUAUGUAAUGGGGUUCUGGGUUCAGAUCAAUCCGAUAAUUAUAUAGGCUGGUGCUAAAUAUAUUACUUUAGCUAGUUAUCUCCCAAACAUGGACCGUACCAUUUUAAUUCAGAUUAAUAUAAACCUGUAUAAAAGUUCGAACUGAAGUUUCUGCGCGAUAAAACGUUCGUUUUUUGUUUACUUCACAGGAGAUGAGGACACUGAUAAAGAUCCUGGACCGGUCCGUGUCGCUAUGUUUGUCCGCUAAUGAGGUAUUAAAGCUGGGUUCAUGAAAUCUUUCUUGGAUAUUGUUACUAAACAGAGUUAGGAGUAAGGCUUCAUAACUCAGUCGCCUAAUUUAAUUUGUUACAAAAUUGUUGAUAGCAGAGUUAUCCAGCUUCGCUGCUUUAUAUGAGUGUAAAGUACACAUUUUACGCUUACACUAGUAAUGUAUAAGGAGAGAUGGCUGACACUGAGUUACUAAGGGCUCCAGAGAGAUCAGUUUCACCGGCAUGUUUCACUACAGCUGAUCACUUUGCGUCAGGUUAAAAGUGUCCUGCUCUUUUUAUCUUCACAUUCCUUAAACGGCGUACCCUGGUAGGGCUGUGCCGCACAAGCGUUUUAGUUGUGAAAUUUGUCGUUUAAAAGUGGAAGUUACGCUAGGGACCUUAAGAUCUUAGGGCGGCGACGGCGGGGAAAACGUCGCUGAGAAAAUGAAUUCGCGUUCUUUCAAUCGUCAUCGCGAUUACUCCAAGUCGCUAACUUUGUUAAAUGUUGGUGAACCCUCCUAAAUUUGCGUUCCUAAGAACCAUAUCCAGGUUCAGAAAGAGAGAGGAAAUUUUGUCUUCGCUUGUGUACUUGCUCUGUAAAUCGUGAAAUUAGGCAUUUUCACGUCGUAGUCGUGCAGUGACGGCAGAGAAAUGUACAAAAAGCGUGAAACAAGUGCAAAAUACUAGUGUCUGCACAAGAAAAGCCCGACUACUGGGCGCCCUAAAUUUCAUAGGUGCUGAGCUUUUGUCAGUUUUGUUUCCUCUACGAGUAUUUUUAGACUACAAUAGCUUUUUCAACGUAAGGGCCAGUUUUCUUUGUUGAUUAUUUAUUCCUAAUUGUACCAAUAUUUAAAACCCUCACAUGACACAUGAUAUUUAUUAGCACCCUAUGCGGACGUGUUUUCGUACGACGCUUCAUCCCAGUUUGGAAGGACUGUUGCGUGACUGACAUUUUUGUAAGCCACGAUAGUGUACGUAGCUGAGUAAACGUGGAGAUGAUGAUCUGGCCACUCAAAGAAGAUCACACGUCUGAGGUGGUUUAGGAAAGAAAUUCUCCUUUAUGGUCUCCUUUUCACAACAAAGUGAAUAAUUUUCUUUCGGCUCGAUUAUUAGCCUCAUAUGAUCUUGUUUUUCUUCUUUCACCCACGCAGACUUUGGCGGAGAUGCGGAGGAACUCUCCACCCAGCACUCACGACACACCAUUUCGUUUUUACGGUCCAGAAACCGCAAGACCAGUUCCAGUGCCUUUCUAUCGUGCUGGUAAGGUUCCCCCAAAACAACUGUAACUAAAUUCUGGAAUUUGACAAUCUCCCUGACUGGUUAAAACACUAGUGAGUCAACGAACAGGACUCCACUCAUUAGUUAGAGGAACCUGGAAGAAAUGGGGGAGGGAGCGGGGGUACAAAUCCCUUUAUCCAGCCUUAAUUUUUGUCCAAUGCCAUUGUCACAUUUAUAGUUUGCCUUCAGAAUCCCAUUCCUAGUGCACCGAAAAAAUAAUAAGAAAAGAAAGCUAAAUCCCAUUUUUUCAGCCCCCAAAUUGUCAGAUAUAAAUUCUCAUUUUAACCAUUCAGGGCCCUCUCAUUGGGGUUUCUUGUGCGAUCCUAAUUUCGUCCUUUUUUUCUAUCUGCAGCGGGCCGUUUUCGCAGUAUGUCGUACUUCUGCGGUGCAUGAAUUCAACCACGGCAUGGCACCCUGCGGUGGAUACCGCCCUUUUCAUGUUAAUCCACGGCAUUACUCCUGCCUUUAUAGCAACACCUAUUAUCACAGCGCCCCAUCUGCCAUCUUUGCCCCUGGAAGGUCCUUGGGUAGCGAUCCGUAUCCUGGUGGUUCUGGUAUGUCUACCGUCACACAUGCGCCGGAAAUGCAGCCAUUUUGUUCUCUCAUGGAACACUGGGAAGGCCUCUGCAUGGAUUGCAGUUGUUUAUGGUGUAUCAGUCGACAUCCUUCAGCAUUACGCGCCUCGUAUGGAACGCCUGAUCCGUCACUGCGUGAAGUGCAACCGCACCAUACAUUUCCAGAUGCUUCUUAUCUUAGUGGUUGUGGCCUGUCUACAGUCACCCACCUACCAGGUAUCUCCGGGCGUUCUUCAUCGUUUGGAACAAUAAGACCGUCACAGUAUGAGCUGCAACCGCAAAGUGCAAUUCCAGGCGAUCCGCAUCUUAGUGAUCCUGCUAUGUCUUCAGUCACACACCCGUCAGUAAUAGGCAGGGAAAAGCGCCCUGGGGACGAGGCUGCAGUAAUCCGAUUUCCCUCGGAUGAACCUCUGCAUGGAGCGCAUUCACAAAAUGUAAUUCCAGGCGUUCCUUAUCUUAGUGGUCGUGUUGCGUUCUUAGUGACACACCGGCCAGAAAUUCCCGGACGUGUUUCCGCGUAUGGAACGCUGAGAGCACAUCCACCAAGUUCCCAA